UCUGGUCUGUUCAGAUCGCGGUCUCGUCUCGGUCAUUUUCCCAGCUGAAAAAGUCUAGAAGCAUACCGCAAGCCUGACAGAUAGCAAACCGCAUCGGUCAAUUAGCAGAGUCCGAGAAAACUAUCCAAAAUGUCUUCCCCACCUCAGCGCACAACCGGAAAGAGACCCAGGACUCAAUCCCUUCCUCCUCCCGCUCUGCCUCAGUUGGUCGCCGAGCAGCACGUGCCGAUUGCCACGAACGACAAGGACACACAGAGGCUCAUCGUUGUACUGUCAAAUGCCAGUCUGGAAACGUACAAGGCUUCUCACGGCGGCGGCGCCGGCCGCAUGGGAAUGCACCGGGAAGAAAAAUACUCCCUGCUCAACAGCGACGAGCAUAUUGGCGUUAUGCGCAAAAUGAACAGAGACAUCAGUGACGCCCGUCCAGAUAUCACACAUCAGUGUCUUCUUACUCUUCUAGACUCUCCCAUCAAUAAGGCCGGCAGGCUCCAGAUCUACAUUCACACGGCCAAGGGUGUAUUGAUCGAGGUGUCGCCCACUGUUCGCAUCCCGCGCACUUUCAAGCGCUUUGCUGGUCUCAUGGUGCAACUGCUCCACAGGCUGUCUAUCCGAUCGACCAACUCGCAAGAGAAGCUGCUGCGCGUGAUUCAGAACCCCAUCUCAGACCAUCUCCCACCAAACUGCCGGAAGGUCACUCUCAGUUUCGAUGCCGAGGUCGUUCGCUGCAGGGACUACAUUGAGAAUCUGAAGCCUAACGAAAGCAUCUGUGUCUUUGUGGGCGCCAUGGCUAAAGGUGCCGAUACUUUUGCGGACCAGUUCGUCGAUGAGAAAAUCUCCAUCAGCAACUACAGCCUGUCAGCCAGUGUUGCGUGCAGCAAGUUCUGCCAUGCCGCGGAAGACGCUUGGGAUGUCCUCUAAGGCACCAUCACCUCGAGUCGUAGGCGACAUUGGAGCGCUUCAUCUGAGCAUGCAAAUGACGACACGAGCGACAAGGAGGCACAACGGUUGCCUUGAUGUACCAUGACCAUGCUUGGACAGCAUCUUUGCUAUUGCCUGUGGUUGGUCGUCGCUCAUUCGGAGCGAAGCAUUGCUGGAAACGCGAGGGGUAAGGACCAGAACUUCCUAAUGCGGGUCAUCAUCCAACAUGAUGGCCCGGCAUGCGAGCCGGCACAUUGUGCAUGAUUUUCUGGGCACGCUUCGUCUUUGAUUUCCACAAUCAGAACCUCAGACAGCC